AUUUUUUUUAAUAACUACAAAUAAUUUGAGAAAUAAAUAACAAAAAAGGGAUGGACUUUGAUCCGGACACUUACGAAAAGACCAGUUUUGAUGCUAUACUUCCCGCAAAAAAACUCAUCGAAAGCAUUAAAGCCAAGAAUGAGACCAAUAAUAAAUACACGAUAGUAUUGGACGUGGGAUGUGGUCCGGGAAAUACCGCAAAAAUGUUGGCUGAAGAGCUUCAACCGGAACAAGUGAUUGGUGUGGAUAUUGAUCCCGAAAUGGUGUCAUUUGCCAGAACUAACAACUCAAUGGAAAAUAACAAAUACUAUACACAAGACGUGUCACGACAUUGGGAUGACUGGGAUGUAGAGCUAAAACGUUUGGCCGGAAAAGUAUCGGUCAUAUUCUCCAACUAUGCUCUUCAUUGGGUGCAAAAUAGUGAGACAACUGCCAAUAAUUUUGCGAAACUCUUAUCAAGCAAUGGUAUCGUUGUGUUUGAUUUUUUGAAUGUCGGAGAUAUAUAUCGUUUAAUAAGUCCUGAACUGAGGACUGAAUACGAACAAUGGCUUCGGUAUCCAACAGAACAAGAAAUCAUUGGUCGAUGGAUUACAGAUCUCAAGAAUGUUGGACUGACUAACAUUGAGAUGAAGUAUUGGGAACCCAUAUCUAUAUAUCCCAUAAAGGUUUAUGAUGAGUUUAUAAAUAUACCAAUCAAAUGGUUUAAGCAGUAUUUGAAUGACCAAAAGGUACCCAAAAAUGUCAGCGUCGAUGACAUACUCAAAGAGCUGAUCCUUAAAGAGAGAGGUAGAAUAAUGGCUGAAAAAUGUCCAAAAGGUGACGAUUUGAUUGAAAUUAGACAACAUUUAUGGGAGUUUGUGGUUAAAAAAUAAAUUAAAAUUUUUUAUAUUUUAUUUUAUAUUCAAUAUUUUAUAUUUUUAC